AAAAAAUUUAGUUAAACAUUGUGAAAUAUCAUGUGCACAUAAAUUUUUUUUAAUUUUUAGAAGCGAACAUUUUAAAAAAUAUAAGUGUUAACAACAUAUUCCUCCUACGGAGAUGCUCCCCUAUCAGCACAUAUCCCAUUUAUACCGAAAUUCGUUUUCAGUCCAAGACUAACAAAGUAAUCAGAAUCGUGCCGUAAACAAAACCUCACACUCUCCGUGGUGAAGUCACAAACUAAUUUAUUUAUUCUCAUUUUUAUGUAUGUUGAUAUGGACGGUCUGUUCAACGGAGAAUAACUGCUAUAAGGGUAUACAUGAGACAUACAUAUUAAUACCACACAAUUGCACAAUCGCGUAGAUACAUACAUAUAUCCGACACGAAGCUGAGAAGGUGAAGUAUUUAAGAACCAUUCGCUAUAACAAUCAAACAGUGUCAAAACAAAUGUGAAAUACAUCGAUUAAAAAAUGCGGCACUAAUUACUUCAAAGUUGUUAAUUGUAUUCAAGUGCAAGAAUCACUAAAUAUUGAUAUAAAAACCUGAUUAGAGAUUAAUAUGUAAAUGUGUAUGCAUAUUAAAUGAACAUUGUAUUAAAAAAGGUGCAGAUCAACAGUAACGAAACAAAUAAAAUAGCAACCAACUAAAAUGCAGUACACAGUGUAAAAGAAAAUUUCAAGUUGCACAUAUGCAUAUUAUAAUAUGCUGCCAAUGGUUGCCCGUGCCAACGGAUAUACAUUCUGCUAUGAACAAAAAAUAAUCUGAAAUGUUGCCCACUCGGAUAAAAAAUGUGCAAACGUCGCAGCUGUCAUCUGACACUAGUUUUUCUCAAACUAUGUUAAGUUGCGAGAGUACAAAUUCAAGCAGAGCGGACGCUGUGGAUGAAAAUAUUGAAGAUGAAGAAGAAAAUGAGUUCUUCGAUGCCAGCAGUGAACCAGAUGACUUUAAGAACUUUGAAAUGGAUUUAAAUAAUGCUCUGGAGGAAGCUAAGUUGGCCAUUUGUUAUUUCUUUAACAAUAAAUUUGAUGAAGCUCGCAUUUUAUUGCAACCAUACGCGCAUGUCAGUAUGUACCAUUCAAUGGGCAAUGCUGUAUUUAUAUUCCUGGAAGCAAUAUUAACAUUUGAACAGCGACACAUUGUCAGAGCUGGAGAUGAGUUGAAAAAGUGUUUAAGUGUUUGCCAAGGUUAUAAGCACAAAAACACUUUUACACAGUCCAUCGGGAGGAAAUUUAAGAGGACAAAUUACACGCAACUCACUGAUUUGGAGGCGCAUGCUGAACUUUGUUAUGCAGAGUCGUUGCUCUUGCGAGCUCUACUUACAUUCAUUGAGGACGAGACUUUAACAAGUUUGAUACGCGGAGGUAUGAAAAUACGUCAUUGUUACAGUAGCUACAAGGAAUGCGCUCAAAUUCUUGUGCAAAAACAGUGGGAAUCAGAUGUGUCGAAAGUACAUUUCGAAAGCGGUGUACGAAUGGGUGUUGGCGCCUUUAAUUUAAUGAUUUCUUUACUGCCCACAGGUGUUAUAAAAGUCUUGCAGUUCAUAGGAUUCUCUGGAAGUAAGACUGCUGGUCUAACUGAUCUCAAAACUGGUUAUCAUUUAUCCGGUCUACGUCAGGUGCUCUGCGCCAUCACUUUGCUUGGCUAUCAUCUGAUAGUUUGUUAUGUGAUAAGUCAUCAAGGAGGGGAUUUAGAACUGUGCCAUAGCAUCCUAGAGGAGCAAUUACUAUUGUAUCCUCAGGGUGUGUGGUUUCUCUUCUUUAAGGGCCGACUAGAAUUCAUGAAAGGUAAUCUGGAUGAAGCGCAGUAUUGGUACAAAAAAUCAUGGAAAUCACAAAACGUCUGGACACAAUUCCAUCAUCUGAGUUUUUGGGAGUUAUUCUGGGUAAACUGCUUGAAGUUAGAUUGGCAUGAGGCGAGAUUGUACGCCAGCUACUUAGUAGAACAAAGUAAAUGGUCUCGUACAAUUUAUUCAUAUCAGCAAGCAGCCGUAAUGCUAAUGAACGAUGACCUUGACGAUUUUGGACGGCAAACCGUUGAGCGUCUAAUGCAAGAUGCACCCAAGCAUAAGCAACGAAUUGCUGGAAAAUCACUUCCAAUGGAAAAAUUUAUUUGUAAGAAAGUGGCACGAUAUUUUGCGCAAAAUCAUUACUUGUGCCUUCCAGCUGUUGAGCUAAUGUUCGUCUGGAACACAUUCAAGGUACUUGGUAGAAAUUAUCGGCUUUCUGACAGUAUUUGCCGCUUAAUUGAACACCAAAUGAAAGAGUUAGCGCACAGAAAUGAUAUUUAUGAACUUGAUAAUCAAGCGUUAUGUUUGUUAUUACGUGGCGCUUGUUAUCGACAAAUGAAACAACCAUUCCUUGCAUUGCAAGAUCUUGAGGCAUGUAUGAACUUGGAAAGUGAGGUAAAAGAGGAUACAUAUUUGAUUGCCUACGCCUGUGUGGAAUCAGGACUGGUGCAUGCGGACGAACAAAACUACGAUUUGGCUAUCUCCAUAAUUGAGGAAGCAAAGAAGAAAUACACUGGAUUUUCCCUUGAAUCACGCCUGCAUUUUCGCAUCCAUGCUGCACUUAUGGAACUAAAGGAAAAGCUUAAUGCUACAACAUAAAGAUAAAAAUAAUAAAUAAACCUGUUAUAUUAGCAUGAAAUCAAGUGAAAUGAAAUAAACAUAGUUAAAAUAUAUAAAGUCGUACUCGCAGAUAUAACACUGUA